AUGGUCGUAACGUGUUCUUACUUUACGGCAGAUGUCUUACCAUAACAGUCAGCGUGCUGUCCUUGUGAGAAUGAACCUAUAAUAGCAAGUAAGAAAAUACAUUCUAUCUCUGUGCCGAAUAAAAGAGAAAAAAAUGGCUUCACGUUUUCUGAGAUUCUCCGUGCUGAUUCAGAAGUAUCGGACACCUCUGCUCCUUGUUGGAUGUGGUGGCGUCUUUUCUGCCAACAUUUUCUAUCACGUCUUCCCAGAUCACACAUACAGAAAAGUGUACCAGGCCUGGCACAAAGGAGAACCAGUCACCCUUUCUGAGAAGCUCAAUAAUGUCUUUCAAGAGGUACUGAAAGAUUAUGCUGUCGGCUGCACUGAUAACUUCCAUGCUUUUGCUGCUUUUGGAUUUCAUCCGGUAGGAGCAGGUGUGCCAUGGCUUCCCUUUGGAGCACAGAUUGGUAUUCCAGCCAACUUCAACAGCACCACUGAUGAUCCGUCAGGCAUCACCAACCGCACUAUUCUAAUCAAUGGACAAGAGGUGGAAUGGGACAGUGAUCAGGGUGCUGCUCUCAAAAAUUCAUUGGUGUUCUCUCCAGAGGCGCAGAAAUUUGCUAUAGCGCGAGAAGUAGCCCGGUUGGCGGCCGGUGGUCCAGUGUUACAUGCAGCAGUUGCUCCGGCAUGUCUUGCAGGGGCUUGUGUAUAUAGCGUGGCCCUUAAACAGAUCUUUGGUCUCCAUGCUGGAUCCAUCAUCUCCCGAGCUUGUGUUAAUGUAGUUGCUCUGGGUUUGGGAGUCGUCUCGUAUAUCUUGACCUCUGAUGCUCUUAGUCAGUGGAUGGACUACAGCUCGGACCGCCGUGCGGCGAGCCUGUCGAGCAAUUAUGCAAAAGGUGGCGUAGAGUUUUAUGAUAAAAUCUUGACAAGGAACAAAACCCUUCGCACUCUGAUGGGACCUAAAGGCCAAGAGUUGUACGCCCCCAGUGGAAAUUUGUUUCCUGGUCACCUGCUGAAACUCAGGCACGCCCCAUACACAUCUCGACGAGAUGGGAUUUUAAAUCUUUUAAAAAAUGAGAAACUGUAAAUAGAUUUUAGUUUUAAAAACAUACAUGUGAGAGAAUGGCUUUUGGUGCCUACCAUGUGAAAAUUUUGUCUGGUGAAAAUUUUGUCUGGUGGAACUUUUUAAAUAUUUCUCUGAUAAAAAUAUAAAUCUGAAUAAAUAAUUUAUUAGCU